AUGGGAUACGAUCUCUCACAAGACGAUAGCCAUAUACAAACAGAGAAGGUACAAAAGCGAAUCGACCAAUUGCAAGUACAAGUUGGAACGUUGGCCACGAUAGCUACGAUUUCACUACUGCUCUCAUUACUAUUGAUCAUUCUAUACAUCCUUGAGGUAAUCUGUGGUGGUCCAUCCAAAAGGCCAAUUCCUCCUCCGCUUCCGACAGCCGUGGUAAUUCAAAAGAAAGAUAAAGAGGAGGGGAAGACACGUAGAAAAUCCAGUAAAAUUCCAGAUCAAUGCCGUCAUACAUUGAAUCGCUCAUUCCCAUCAAAGAAAGUUACGCUUGAGCUCGAUGUGAAAAGAUCCGACAAAAAGGAAAAGGAAGCAAAAGAAAAACCUGCGGUAGAAGUGUUCAAAAUCGCUCUCGAUGCUCCUCCUCCCUAUGCCGAGUCUGGAAAAAGCGCGACUGGUGGUCAAAAAGUGGGAGCUGCACUGGCACCUCAGCAAGAGCCUAGCGCAGCUACUGGAACUGUCGGAAGCACAAUUUCUGGUGUAGGUACCACCUCUUUGCCUGUGUCAGCCACACAAGAAACGACUGGCAGUCAAGACCGAACCGCUGUACUUCCGUCGCCGGCUCCUCCUUCGCAGCCUCCUCAGCUUGAUCAGCUCAAGACCGCUAUUUUAUCCGCGUCGCCACGACGCGCAAGGCCGGGGAUGGGCCCGACGUUAGGCCAGCCGUCACUGCCUGUGCCGGCACAGCCACCCACUCGCACUGUUCUUCCACCGGCAAAGUCUCCGCGAAAGGAACGGAGAAGGACUGCGGCUUCGCCAAGACGAUCACGACAGCUGGGUUCCGGAACAAGCGAUCAGGCGAGUGCAGACUAA